AUGAACCAACAAUUGCCGGAAGGAGGCCAAACUCUGGUCUACUCCACAGUCGGUGAUCAUGAGAUCAAGCUUGACUAUUACCUUCCUCGUGCCAAUGGGGCUUUACCUGCGGUGAUCUACUACCAUGGCGGCGGCAUGACGGCAGGUUCACGCCGCGGGGGCGGCCUCCCUCACUGGCUACUUGCCCACUGCCAGGAGGAAGGCUACAUCUUCAUCUCGGCAGAUUACCGUCUCUGCCACCCUACCACAGCUCUCGAUCAAAUUGAGGACGCAAAGAAUUUAUUCCAAUUUAUUACCAGCACGUAUUUCAACAACAUCCUACCAGAUUCCACCACCCUAGACUCCACCCGUAUCGCCGUCAGCGGGUUCUCAGCAGGCGCAUACUCAGCCCGCGCAGCAUGCAUAUACGCCAACCCUAAGCCUGCCGCACUGAUCUCCGUCUACGGACUCGGUGGAAAUUUUGUCGACCUGAACGCUGUCCCAGAGCUUCUAGCAGACAAGACAGUUGUCAGCGACGACGUGUCCGUAGGAGGGCCUUUAUCGCGACGUUUCGCACUCACAGUGCACUGGGAACUUUCCGGAACGAUGCUGGAUGGUAUCUUCGGGCGAGAUGGCCUCGGUAGAGCUCUGGACACGAUGGACUAUGAGCAACGAGCUGCGGCGUUUCCUUCGGACCUGAAGUCGGGUCUUUUGCAGUCGUUCGUGGACGACUCUUAUCCACCUUCUAUUUUGGUGCAUGGGACUGCAGAUGAGGUUGUUCCUCCCCAGGAAAGUAUUGAUCAGCAUGAGCAGUUGAAAAUUCUGGGAGUGAAGUCGGAACUCUUGCUUGUUGAGGAUGGACCCCAUGGUUUGGAAGCGUUCUCGACUGAUCCCACGUCGGUGGUUUCGAGUCGUUCGAAGGAGGCGUAUGUUAAAGCGUUGAACUUCAUUGAUGAUGUUUUCAGUGGAUUGCAGAAGUCGGCUCUUUAG